AUGGAAAAACUUUUGGAAAAUACAACAACAGGUGCAUUAGUCCCAACUGUAGAUGUAUCCAUAUCCGAAACGAAACCUGCUGUGUCUAUUGAAUCCAAACCUAUCGGUGAAACAAUAAUUGCGAAAACACUUCCUGUGACAAUAAUAUCAGUACCCGCAGCGGAACCUGAGGAUGAGGGUGGAGACAACAGAACACAGGCUACAUCAAAAGUGACGCCAAUGGCCAUUGAAAAUAUUUUCUCGCCGGAAGCGAAAUCUGUUGUUCUCGAUAAGGAGAAAACUUUCGACGUUGCAAGAAUGGUUGGAAACUCACCGAUUAUCGAUAUAUCUGCACUCGAAAUGAAUGAUGAUAUUCCAACGAAUAUCAUCACAGGACCUGUAGGAUUCGAUCAACGAAACCUAGACGAAACUAUGAUACACUUACAAUCGGAUUUGCUGAAUGCAGAAGAAACAAGUUUUCAACCUGAAACCACAACUGAUAUACCGGAGAACGAAGCACAACCUCAUCUCCCAACAAUGUCAUUGCUCGACAAUACAAUGCUUGCAACCAAAGCAACGCUAGCCCUCGAAGAAGUGAAGCCAGAGGAAGUUCUGGAAUAUGAGCAAUCACAAUUGUUAGAUGCAGGGCAGACAAUUGUUGAACCUGAAACAACGACUCCUACACCAAAGAAGGAAGAAACGUUUCACCUUCAAACAUUGCCAUCAUUCGAUACUACAAUGCAAACAAUCAAAGAUAGUGGACAGUCAUAUGAGCCAGUAACGGAUUCUGAUCUAUCUCUCGCUUCCACAGCGUCAGAUACAUUACAAGACUCUAAAUCUUCCAGCUCAACUACCCUCAAGAUAGCAGAAACAGACAUUAUUGAUGAACCUCAUGUGAAAUAUAUUCCAACUGAAGCGUCACAAAUGACUGCUACAAUUACUGAAAACGAGAUAGAAGUGGAACAAAAUUUACGUGCAAUUGGUUCUCCGACGCAGUUCUCCGACGACACUGGAAGUUUAUAUUCAUUUUUAGACCCAACUUUGGACGUUUCUGACAUAGAUGAACUGGAAGAGGAGACCGACGAUGAGUUUUUCGAUACUUAUACUGAAAUAACGGAUUCUUCCAUGGAUCAUGCAUCGAAAACUUCUGAUCUUCCUGAAAAUACAACUAUAACAUCAUCACACACACCAAACAUUCAAAUGACAACUAUUGAUGAUGUCAAUGAAUCAACAACAGACCAUAUAUACGAAAUAAUUUAUUCUGAAGCUACAAUAAUGGCUGCUCGUCUAUUAUCUGAUGUGAUACAUGACAUCAAUUUUAUGUCUAGUGACCAAUCCCAUUUAAUGUCCAUCUCAGAGGAGAAUAGUAUAUCGGAUGAUGAAGAACGAAAUUCUCUAACAUUUAAUAGCUCGACAUUGGCAAGAAAAGACAUGAGUACAGCAACAAUGGAAACAAUUAAAGAUGAUGAAUUGUUACAUAGUGAAAUGAUAACUGAUGUUGAUAAUAAUUUAUCAACUAGAUUUCAGGAUAAUCUUACACUUACUGCAGAACUUUUAGCUUGUAAAAUAUUAACAUUGGCUAUGGAUCCGACUGUAUUUGAAUCAAAUGAGCCAUUGAAAAUUAAUGAUAUUAUUCCAUUAAUACAAAUCCCAACAACUAAAGAUAAAGACUCUUCUGCUAACAUUUUUGUCACAUCGAAAUUAUAUGAAGAUUAUAUUCAUCAAGAUGAACCGAUGGAAUCAUUGAUUUCACCGACUUCUAUUACAUAUAGUGGUGACAAGCCAGAUGUAACACGAGAUAAUAUAGGUGUUGCAAAUCAACACUCUUUUUUAUUAGCGAUGUCUAACAAUUAUGACAUUGAAAAAGAACCUAUGGGUUAUAUUUUACCAGAACAAUCCAUGGCAAUUAAAGACAUGUUUACAUCUAAUGAAGGAAACAACAACAGAACUAUAUCGACAGAUAAGAUAGAAUCUGUAUCUAAUGAUAUGAAUACAGACGGAAAAGAAUUAUCAUCAACUAUAAUUUAUACAGAUGUAUUAACAAAUCCAUCAUAUAUCCAGCCAAUAAAUUCGGCAAAUAUAACGUUUCAAUCGGAUGAUAUCAUAUCGGAAAAUGAAAAUAUUUCUACUCGACCACUCAAUUACAAUUACAUUUGA